GCACGGUUAGUUAACGACCAGAGUCCAGAGCACAACCACCAACCAUGCCUCAGCAGCACAGCAGCAGCAGUUCUCCUGCAAAGGCCGUGUACGCCAAUGGCGACGGCGCCGUGUCCUUCCUCGCCGACAAGUCCGCCAAGGUCUUCGUCGCCGGCCACCGCGGCAUGGUCGGCUCGGCCGUGCACCGUAAGCUGGCCGCGCUGGGGUUCACCAACGUCUUCGUCCGGACUCGUGCCGAGCUCGACCUGGCGUGCCAGCCCGCCGUGGAGGCGUUCUUCGACGCCGAGCGGCCGCGCUACGUCAUCCUGGCGGCGGCCAAGGUCGGCGGCGUCCACGCCAGCUCGGCCGCGCCGGCGGAGUACCUGACGCAGAACCUCCGCAUCACCGUCAACGUCGUGGACGCCGCCCGCCGCUGCGGCUCCGUGCGCAAGCUGCUCGUCCUCGCCAGCUCGACCAUCUACCCCGCGGACGCGCCCCAGCCGAUGCCGGAGUCGGCGCUCCUGUCCGGGCCGCCGGCGGCGGGCAGCGAGUGGUACGCCAUCCCCAAGAUCGCCGGCAUCAAGAUGUGCCAGGCGUACCGCGCGGAGUUCGGCAUGGACGCCAUCGUGGCGGCGCCGAACAACCUGUACGGGCCACGCGAGCCCUUCCCCUCCGAGGGCUCCCACGUCAUCCCUGUGCUCAUCCGGCGGUUCCACCACGCCAAGGCCACGGGCGCCGCCGAGGUGGCCGUGUGGGGCACCGGCGCGGCGCGGCGGGAGUUCACGCACGUGGACGACCUCGCCGACGCGGUGGUGGUGCUGAUGGAGAGGUACUCCGGCGCGGAGCACGUGAACGUGGGGAGCGGGGGCGAGGGGGAGGUGACGGUGCGGGAGCUAGCGGAGGCGGUGCGGGAGGCGGUUGGCUACGAGGGGCGCGUGGCGUGGGACGCGAGCCGGCCCGACGGCGUGGCGCGCCGGCUGCUCGACAGCGGCAGGAUGAGGAAGCUCGGGUGGGAGCCUAAGGUGGCGCUCCGCGACGGCAUCAGGGACCUCUAUCGCUUCUACCUUCGUCACCAGUAGGAUGCAUAUUCUCUGCAAUUUUUUGCACGUGCAGUACUGCUCCUGGACAAGUAAACCCUAUAGAUUAUAGAUUGUAGGAAGCACAUAUGUUGUACGCGUAGUACUGCAGAGGAUCUCAAUUCCACUAGUAGAUGUAUGCAUAUGCUAUGGCGGCAUUUGUAAAAGUUAU